AGGGUUCAAAUCACAUGUAAGUAGAACUUACAAAGUCGUACAACCAUUUUGACACAAAUAAAAAUGAGAGGCUCCAAAUUCUAGAUAAUGACGUUUGCGUGAAGAAAAUAAAAUAAAAUUGUAGAGACAUUGCCAAUUAUUUCUGUAAAAAUACUACAAAGUCUCAAAUCCUAUAUAUUUCUCUUAUUAUAUUUCAUGAAUUAAUUUGUGAAAGGUCAAAAGAGGAUAAUGAGAGUGUUACAGUAUUUGAGUCAAUGGAAAUCCAAAGCCAAAGAUGGAAUUCAACAAUCACUUCGUAUCGCCAAAUUCCUCUGCUUAUUACAUGUCACCAACAAUUACAUUGUCUCCCCUGUCAUGGUGUACGGUCCGAGUAUGUUGCCGACAUUGAAUCUUACGGGUGAUGUUUUGUUGGUGGAACAUUUAUCGCCGUUGUUGGGUAAGGUGGGACCUGGAGAUGUGGUUCUUGUGAAGUCACCUGAUAACCCUAGAAAGACGGUUACUAAAAGGAUUCUUGGCAUGGAGGGCGAUAGUGUUACUUUUUUAACCGACCCUUCAAGGAGUGACAGAUAUAGGACAUUAAAGGUUCCAAAGGGGCAUGUUUGGAUUCAGGGAGACAACAUCUACGCUUCGAAGGAUUCACGGCAACUUGGGCCAAUCCCUUGUGGCCUCAUCCUGGGAAAAGUGUUAUAUAGAGUGUGGCCGCCGGAGGGAUUGGGCUCGUUAUGACAAUAAAAACAAUGUAUUUUAUUGAGGAUAUACAAUUGAAGUGCAAUUCUUUACUAGUUCUCCUUUGAUUAAUGACUUCUUUCUGGGAAGAACUAAUUUUGGAUGAUGAUUAAUAAUUCAUUUUGGUAAGGAUGCUUUAUUUCCUGUGGCUAAGUAGUUUUUGAAGUGCUGAGGAGAUUGUACAUAUUCUGAAUUUGAGUUAAUGUCCAUUUGGUAGUGUCUAUGGUUCAAAA